AUGUUGUUUGCAGUUCUCCGUGACCUUUUGGGCAACGUGAUGGACACUGUGGAAGCUUCGAAGGUGGACCGCUUGCCAGUUCGCGGCUCUGCUUCGAAGGUGCUAGAGGAUGUUGCUGUCCCAGAAGGCUACGUCCCUGGCAGCUUCCUGCAGAAGUUCAUGGAGGGGAACUUAGCAGAGGCGGUGGCGAUGGAUGCUGCACCAAGAUGCAGUGCUGAUGCAUGGACUGCCGAUGAUGGUGGUGGUGGUGGUGGCAGCGUGCUUCCUGCACCACCACCACCACCACCACCGCCAGCACCAACUGCAGUGAAGACCAUAAAGGUCAAGGCCAUGCCAAGACCUCGCCCUGCACACCCGAAAGGGCAGCCGCCGCCGAAGCAUGUGGCCGUGGUCAAUGUGGACGAUGAGAGCUGCAGCUCUCCCAGCUCGAGCUGGAAGACCCCUGCUGCAAUGGUGCAGCACGAUGCAGAUGGCUCCUGGCAGACCUGGCAGCAUGGAGAUGCCUCCAACAGCUGGAAGACCCCUGCUGCAAUGUUGCAGCACGAUGCUGAUGGCUCCUGGCAGACCUGGCAGCAUGGAGAUGCCUCCAACAGCUGGAAGACCCCUGCUGCAAUGUUGCAGCACGAUGCUGAUGGCUCCUGGCAGACCUGGCAGCAUGGAGAUGCCUCCAACAGCUGGAAGACCCCUGCUGCAAUGUUGCAGCACGAUGCUGAUGGCUCCUGGCAGACCUGGCAGCAUGGAGAUGCCUCCCAGAGCCAGACCGCGUGGCAUGCAGAUGGCGCCAACUGGCACCAUGCCACUGCAUGCAUGUCGCAGACGGUUCAGUCAGAUGGAUGGAGCGC